UCCUCCUUAUUCACAGGUGAGUCACACCCUGAAACACGGGCUCGCUUCCUGUCAGGACUGAGUCAGGUAGAAGAGUCGAUAAAACCACCUGAUCAAGGAAAAGGAAGGCACAGCGGAGCGCAGAGUGAGAUUCAUCAGCCGAGGCGCCGGGCAGCGACCCCUGCAGCGGAGACAGAGACGGAGCGGCCCGGCCCCGCCAUGCCUGCGCUCUGGCUGGGCUGCUGCCUCUGCUUCUCGUUCUUCCUGCCCGCAGCCCGGGCCACCUCCAGGAGGGAAGUCUGUGAUUGCAAUGGGAAGUCCAGGCAGUGUAUCUUUGAUCAGGAACUUCACAGACACACUGGUAAUGGAUUCCGCUGCCUCAAUUGCAAUGACAACACUGAUGGCAUUCACUGCGAGAGGUGCAAGGACGGCUUUUACCGACACAGAGAAAGGGACCGCUGUUUGCCCUGCAAUUGUAACUCCAAAGGUUCUCUUAGUGCUCGAUGUGACAACUCCGGACGGUGCAGCUGUAAACCAGGUGUGACAGGAGCCAGAUGCGACCGAUGUCUGCCAGGCUUCCACAUGCUCACGGAUGCGGGGUGCACCCAAGACCAGAGACUGCUAGACUCCAAGUGUGACUGUGACCCAGCUGGCAUCGCAGGGCCCUGUGACGCGGGCCGCUGUGUCUGCAAGCCAGCUGUCGCUGGAGAACGCUGUGAUAGGUGUCGAUCAGGUUACUAUAAUCUGGAUGCGGGGAACCCUGAAGGCUGUACCCAGUGUUUCUGCUAUGGGCAUUCAGCCAGCUGCCGCAGCUCUGCAGACUACAGUGUCCAUAAGAUCACCUCUACCUUUCAUCAAGAUGUUGAUGGCUGGAAGGCUGUCCAACGAAAUGGGUCUCCUGCAAAGCUCCAAUGGUCGCAGCGCCAUCAAGAUGUGUUUAGCUCAGCCCGACGACUAGACCCUGUCUAUUUUGUGGCUCCUGCCAAAUUUCUUGGGAAUCAACAGGUGAGCUAUGGGCAAAGCCUGUCCUUUGACUACCGUGUGGACAGAGGAGGCAGACACCCAUCUGCCCAUGAUGUGAUCCUGGAAGGUGCUGGUCUACGGAUCACAGCUCCCUUGAUGCCACUUGGCAAGACACUGCCUUGUGGGCUCACCAAGACUUACACAUUCAGGUUAAAUGAGCAUCCAAGCAGUAAUUGGAGCCCCCAGCUGAGUUACUUUGAGUAUCGAAGGUUACUGCGGAAUCUCACAGCCCUCCGCAUCCGAGCUACAUAUGGAGAAUACAGUACUGGGUACAUUGACAAUGUGACCCUGAUUUCAGCCCGUCCUGUCUCUGGAGCCCCAGCACCCUGGGUUGAACAGUGUAUAUGUCCUGUUGGGUACAAGGGGCAAUUCUGCCAGGAUUGUGCUUCUGGCUACAAGAGAGAUUCAGCGAGACUGGGGCCUUUUGGCACCUGUAUUCCUUGUAACUGUCAAGGGGGAGGGGCCUGUGAUCCAGACACAGGAGAUUGUUAUUCAGGGGAUGAGAAUCCUGACAUUGAGUGUGCUGACUGCCCAAUUGGUUUCUACAACGAUCCACACGACCCCCGCAGCUGCAAGCCAUGUCCCUGUCAUAACGGGUUCAGCUGCUCAGUGAUGCCGGAGACGGAGGAGGUGGUGUGCAAUAACUGCCCUCCUGGGGUCACCGGUGCCCGCUGUGAGCUCUGUGCUGAUGGCUACUUUGGGGACCCCUUUGGUGAACAUGGCCCAGUGAGGCCUUGUCAGCCCUGUCAAUGCAACAACAAUGUGGACCCCAGUGCCUCUGGGAACUGUGACCGGCUGACAGGAAGGUGUUUGAAGUGUAUCCACAACACAGCCGGCAUCUACUGUGACCAGUGCAAAGCAGGCUACUUCGGGGACCCGUUGGCUCCCAACCCAGCAGACAAGUGUCGAGCUUGCAACUGUAACCCCAUGGGCUCAGAGCCCGUAGAAUGUCGAAGUGAUGGCACCUGUGUUUGCAAGCCAGGAUUUGGUGGCCCCAACUGUGAGCAUGGAGCAUUCAGCUGUCCAGCUUGCUAUAAUCAAGUGAAGAUUCAGAUGGAUCAGUUUAUGCAGCAGCUUCAGAGAACGGAGGCCCUGAUUUCAAAAACUCAGGGUGGUGAUGGAGCAGUACCUGAUACAGAGCUGGAAGGCAGGAUGCAGCAGGCUGAGCAGGCCCUUCAGGACAUUCUGAGAGACGCCCAGGUUUCAGAAGGUGCUAGCAGAUCCCUUGGUCUCCAGUUGGCCAAGGUGAGGAGCCAAGAGAAGAGCUACCGGAGCCGCCUGGAUGACCUCAAGAUGACUGUGGAAAGAGUUCGGGCUCUGGGAAGUCAGUACCAGAACCGAGUUCGGGAUACUCACAGGCUCAUCACUCAGAUGCAGCUGAGCCUGGCAGAAAGUGAAGCUUCCUUGGGAAACACUAACAUUCCUGCCUCAGACCACUACGUGGGGCCAAAUGGCUUUAAAAGUCUGGCUCAGGAGGCCACGAGAUUAGCAGAAAGCCAUGUUGAGUCAGCCAGUAACAUGGAGCAACUGACAAGGGAAACUGAGGACUAUUCCAAACAAGCCCUCUCACUGGUGCGCAAGGCCCUGCAUGAAGGAGGCGGAACCGGAAGCAGUAGCCCGGACGGUGCUGUGGUGCAAGGGCUUGUGGAAAAAUUGGAGAAAACCAAGUCCCUGGCCCAGCAGUUGACAAGGGAGGCCACUCAAGCGGAAAUUGAAGCAGAUAGGUCUUAUCAGCACAGUCUCCGCCUCCUGGAUUCAGUGUCUCAGCUUCAGGGAGUCAAUGGUCAGUCCUUUCAGGUGGAAGAAGCAAAGAGGAUCAAACAAAAAGCUGAUUCACUCUCAAGCCUGGUGACCAGACAUAUGGAUGAGUUCAAGCGUACACAAAAGAAUCUGGGAAACUGGGAAGAAGAAACACAGCAGCUCUUACAGAAUGGAAAAAGUGGGAGAGAGAAAUCAGAUCAGCUGCUUUCCCGUGCCAAUCUUGCUAAAAGCAGAGCACAAGAAGCACUGAGUAUGGGCAAUGCCACUUUUUAUGAAGUUGAGAGCAUCCUUAAAAACCUCAGAGAGUUUGACCUGCAGGUGGACAACAGAAAAGCAGAAGCCGAAGAAGCCAUGAAGAGACUCUCCUACAUCAGCCAGAAGGUUUCAGAUGCCAGUGACAAGACCCAGCAAGCAGAAAGAGCCCUGGGGAGUGCUGCUGCUGAUGCGCAGAGGGCAAAGAAUGGGGCUGGGGAGGCCCUGGAAAUCUCCAGUGAGAUUGAACAGGAGAUUGGGAGUCUGAACUUGGAAGCCAAUGUGACAGCAGAUGGAGCCUUGGCCAUGGAAAAGGGACUGGCCUCUCUGAAGAGUGAGAUGAGGGAAGUGGAAGGAGAGCUGGAAAUGAAGGAGCUGGAGUUUGACACGAAUAUGGAUGCAGUACAGAUGGUGAUUACAGAAGCCCAGAGGCUUGAUACCAGAGCCAAGAACAUUGGGGUUACAAUCCAAGACACACUCAACACAUUGGACGGCCUCCUGCAUCUGAUGGACCAGCCUGUCAGUGUAGAUGAAGAGGGGCUGAUCUUAUUGGAGCAGAAGCUUUCCCGAGCCAAGACCCAGAUCAACAGCCAACUGCGGCCCAUGAUGUCAGAGCUGGAAGAGAGGGCACGUCGGCAGAGGGGCCACCUCCAUUUGCUGGAGACAAGCAUAGAUGGGAUUCUGGCUGAUGUGAAGAACUUGGAGAACAUUAGGGACAACCUGCCACCAGGCUGCUACAAUACCCAGGCUCUUGAGCAACAGUGAAACUGCCAUAAAGAUUUCUCAACUGAGGUUCUUGGGAUACAGAUCUCAGGGCUCGGGAGCCAUGUCAUGUGGGUGGGUGGGAUGGGGACAUUUGAACAUGUUUAAUGGGCAUGCUCAGGUCAACUGACCUGACCCCAUUCCUGAUCCCGUGGCCAGGAGGUUGUCUUAUUGCACCAUACUCCUUGCUUCCUGAUGCUGGGCAAUGAGGCAGAUAGCACUGGGUGUGAGAUUGACCAAGGAUCUGGACCCCAAAGAAUAGACUGGAUGGAAGGACAAACUGCACAGGCAGAUGUUUGCCUCAGAAUAGUCGUAAAUGGAGUCCCAGAAUUUGGACAAGUGCUGUUGGGUUAUAGUCAACUUAUUCUUUGAGUAAUGUGACUAAAAGAAAAAACUUUGACUUUGCCCAGGCAUGAAAUUCUUCCUAAUGUCAGAACAGAGUGCAACCCAGUCACACUGUGGCCAGUAAAAUACUAUUGCCUCAUAUUGUCUUCUGCAAGCUUCUUGCUGAUCAGAGUUCCUCCUACUUACAACCCAGCCUGUGAACAUGUUCUCCACUUUCAAGCUGGAAGAAGUGAGCAGUGUCGGAGUGAGGACCUGUAAGGCAGGCCCAUUUGGAGCAAUGGUGCUUGCUGGUGCCUGCCACCUUCAAGUUCUGGACCUGGGCGUGACAUCCUUUCUUUUAAUGAUGCCAUGGCAACUUAGAGAUUGCAUUUUUAUUAAAGCAUUUCCUACCAGCAAAGCAAAUGUUGGGAAGGUAUUUACUUUUUCAGUUUCGAAGUGAUAGAAAAGUGUGGCUUGGGCAUUGAAAGAGGUAAAAUUCUCUAGAUUUAUUAGUCCUAAUUCAAUCCUACUUUUCAAACACCAAAAAUGAUACGCAUCAAUGUAUUUUAUCUUAUUUUCUCAAUCUCCUCUCUCUUUCCUCCACUCAUAAUAAGAGAAUGUUCCUACUCACACUUCAGCUGGGUCACAUCCAUCCCUCCAUUCAUCCUUCCACCCAUCUUUCCAUCCAUUACCUCCAUCCAUCCUUCCAACAUAUAUUUAUUGAGUACCUACAGUGUGCCAGGGGCUGGUGGGACAGUGUUGACAUAGUCUCUGCCCUCAUAGAGUUGAUUGUCUAGUGAGGAAGACAAGCAUUUUUAAAAAAUAAACUUAAACUUAAAACCUUGUUUGUCACAAGUGUUAUUUAUUGCAAUAACGGCUUGGUUUGCAACCUCUUUGCUCAACAGAGCGUAUGUUGCAAGACCCUCCCAUGGGGGCACUUGAAUUUUGGCAAAGCUGACAGAGCUCUGGGUUGUGCACAUUUCUUUGCAUUCCAGCUGUCACUCUGCGCCUUUCUACAACUGAUUGCAACAGACUAUAGAGUCAUGAUAACACCAUUGGGAAUUCCUGGAGAAACCAGAGGCACUUCCACCUCAGCUGGGAAGACUAUGGUGCUGCCUUGCUUCUGUAUUUCCUUGGAUUUUCCUGAAAGUGUUUUUAAAUAAAGAACAAUUGUUAGAUGCUUGGGGUCAGUUUCUGAUUUACUAAACUCUAAGCCUAUGAUGGUACCAAAGCAAUGGAAAUGAAAAUGCCACAGAAAUGGCAUAGGUCCUAGAGUUAGCAUCUUCAAUUCCCACUACUGAGCAUCUUACUUUGCCCUUUCCAACCAUAUGGGAUUGAUGAUGCUGUCAAUGAGAUUUUUAUGAGGUUUAACUGAUGCUGUCUCCUAAGCAUAAAACUUUAUUUCUAGAACAAUUCAAGCUGGGUGGAGAGAGGGGGGGAUAUAGUUAAUAUUCUUAUCUUUUUCAUCAGCUAUAAAAUGAAGGUAAAAUUAAUAGUUUGUGGUGCAUAUAUCAUGCUUUUUAAGAAGUUAAAAUGUACUAAAUUAAGAUCUUGAAUUGGUCAUCUAUGCAAGUGGCUGAGAAAACAAUUCUGCUUCUGUCCAUUGACCCUCAAAUUCUGAUAGGUCUGGUCACUUUGCUUUACCUUCUGUGAAAAUGAAUUUGUAAUCUUGUCUUGGCAUACCCAAUUACACAUUCUACAGAUCUCUUGCUAUAAUUAACAACCACUGCCCAGACUCCACAGUCAUUUCAGAGGCCCUGCCAUUUACAACAUGUGACUUCUAAGGUUGCCUGGGGGAUGGAGGGUUGUGGCCAUUCCAGCUGGUUGUCACCAGCUGAUGGAAAGGGAAAAGAACAUGGAGGAAGGAGACACAGGAAGGCCAGGCUUGGGAGGGCCUCAUGUGCUAUGGUCCAACACCCAGCAAAACGAUCACAUCUACCAUGCAAAGAGGUCUGGAAGAUGUAGUCCUUUGUUAGGAAGCCACUUCACAGUGACAAUUCUACAUUGUGAAAGGAGAAAAUGCAUUGUCGGUGAUUGGCUGUCUCUUCCAAGUGUAAGAUCAGACGGUACAUAUUCUAGGAAACUUGGUGAGGGAUCCCAUUAGUUAAUAACCAUGAUAUGUGUAAUCAUAUAAAGAUUCCUCAAUGGAAUAGAUUGUUUUAAAAGUUGUAAGAGGCUGGGCGUGGUGGCUCACGCCUAUAAUCCCAGCACUUUGGGAGGCCAAGAUCGGUGGAUCAUGAGGUCAAGAGAUUGAGACCAUCCCGGCUAACAUGGUGAAACCCCAUCUCUGCUAAAAAUACAAAAAAAAUUAGCCGGGCAUGGUGGCGGGCACUUGUAGUCCCAGCUACUUGGGAGGCUGAGGCAGGAGAAAGGCAUGAACCUGGGAGGUGGAGCUUGCAGUGAGCCAAGAUCACGCCACUGCACUCCAGCCUGGGCAACAGAGUGAGACUCUGCCUCAAAAAAAAAAAGAAAAAAAAAAAGUCGUAAGGCUAUCUUCCCUGACAAAUGGGAGAUGAUACCUGAGUAGAGGUGGGAUGGGGAAUAGAAAAAUGACUUAUGGGACUUCCCUUGGUGUACAAAUAAUUCUCUCAUUUCUAAGGACCUGAAAAGUUAUCCCUAAGAAGAGAGAAGGGGAUGUGGCUUCCCCAGGAUCUAGCCUCAUGUUGUCAGUCCUUAACCUGACCCUGCCAAGAUAAGGAAGCUUUCCUUCUGAUUUUUCAUCAGUAUUAGUAGUUCAUAGUGAAAGCUUUCUUGCACUUCUCUGAGAGUUUAUGGUUAAUUAUGCUGUUGGUAAGCUAUUACAAAUGUCAUCAUCUACUUUAGCUGUUAGGGACCUCUGUUUGGAGAGAGGGUUGGAAAUGAAACUGCCCAUAGACUAUAACUUCUUAGCAGGUGUAUUUCUGGUCUUCUCCAAGGAUGUGGUUUCUUUUCAGUACUCUCCAGUACUUCUCUCAGACUCUUGAGAGGCUGGAGAAAAGGAUAAGAAGAUGCUUAGUAAUAUUCAAUGUUUUGAACAAGUCUCAAGGACCAGGAAUAUGUUUAUUGUGUCUUCUUUUAAUGUUUUGCAUGGUAAUGGGAAUGUUACAGAUUAUUGCUAUGGUUCAAUUUUCCCACCUGGAGAACACAGAUUAGAAUUUUUCUCUCCUUUCUUCAUACUAUUGGCUACAUGGAACUUUCUAGGAAAUCCGAAGAUCUAAAGCUUAUAUAUAGGUCAUAAGGGAAGAAAUGUGUAUGUGCACAUAUGUUAAUUCAUAUUUAGUGUAUAUAUUUUAUAAGUUAGCAAGUUAAACCAGUGUUUAUAUUUCACUUUAAAUGAGCUCUUGGCUGAACGCUGUGGCUCACGCCUGUAAUCCCAGCACUUUGGGAGGCCGAGACAGGCAGACCACCUGAGGUCUGGAGUUUUGAGACCAGCCUGGCCAACAUGGCAAAACGCUGCCUCUACUAAAAAUACAAAAAUCAGCUGCGCAUGGUGGCAGGCGCCUGUAAUCCCAGUUACUCUAGAGCCUGAGGCAGGAGAAUUAGUUGAACCCAGGAGGCUGAUAUUGCAGUGAACCGAGAUCGCGCCAUUGCACUCCAGUGUGGGCGACAAGAGCAAAACUCUGUCUCAAAACAAAACAAAACAAAACAAACAAAAAAACCCAAAGCAAAUAAAUGAGAUUUCAUCAUUAUGUACUCUCAGGACAAGGAAAAAAAGGCAGUGUUCAGCUUUGUGAAUAAAAUAGCAAAUGUAAACAUGAGUGAUCAAUUUACAAGCAUAUCAAGCAUCAUUAUGAUGUGCCACGAAACCCACAUGGAUGCACACAAAGCUGCCACAUCUCAAUUUUAAGACAAAAAAAAAAAAAGAAAAAAAAUACUAAGAACCCCAAGAACCAAAUGAUUCGUUUAAAAAAUGAAUCUGAUAAACAAACGGCUAACCCUUCAAUGAGCUGGCCUAAUAGGGAAUUACUGUUUCACCUUCUGAAUCAUAUCUGAUAAUUAGCUAACGGCAAUCACCAUUCACACCUAACCCAAUACAGGGUGUGUGAUAUGACUGAAGGUGAAAUAAGAACUGAUAACCACAGCAGGAUUGAACAGUUAACAAAUUGUUCACUUUUGCUUGUUUACAUUGCCAAAGCAAAUUGCGAGUUUAACAAGUUCUGUUUUAGUUAAGAUCUUUCAAGCUAAAAAGUUGUUCAAGUUUUUCAUUUUCACAAGUAUAAUUUUAUUUCAUAAAGUACUAAUUUCAUUGAGGAGCCAAAGUUAACCAACACUGGACUAUGCAAAUUAAUCAAGAUCUAAGAUUUAAUGUUUCAAAACUAAGAAAACGGAGAUACAAUUUACAAAUUUGCUAAUUAUUCUUCCCUUUGUCAUCCUUGGAUGUGGCUGUACAUACUUUUAUAUUACACAUGUGGCAUCAGCUGAACCAGGCAGGAAACCACUUGUUCUAAGUACAUUUUUACAACUGUUGUCUACUGUCAAGUAAAAUUAUGAAAAAAAGUGAUUAAUGCUGCGACUCAGAAAGUUCUUGACCAAGACACAAGACUCUUGUAGCAUUGUCUUAUUUAUUAACAUAAUUGAAACAUUUUGCAUAAAACUCUUGCCCAUGACUAUUCUAGCAACAAAACUGUACUCAAAAUAUUUCACUGUGAAAUGGUAUUGCAACUUGAAUAUCAUUUUUUAUUAAUGAAUUGAUUUCCAUAAAGCAAAUCUUACUCUUAAAAUGGCAGAUUAUGUGAUCAAAAAGCGAUUCAAAAAAGCUUCCCCCUCCCCACGCCAACCCUCAAGACAAUGUGGAUCCAGCUGAAUCCUCAGCCCUGGGACUAGACUAAGGUUGAGGGAAAGAGCCAUGAACUCAUUCCUAACCAGAACAGGCUAAUAGGACACUCCAAACUCACACUGCAAAGAGACCACAUGAACAGUCAAGUGUGCUGGGCAGCUAUAAGAUGGUGCAGACUGGAUGAAUUUGGCAGAGCAUAUUCAUCACCAUUACUACAAUGCUAUUCCUAAGGUGUCCUAAUUGUAUGAGCUACAAAAUCCAUCCCUGUUUCCAUUCUUCCCGUCUCACCUGUUGGCCCUCCUGCAGUAGGUAGCCUUGGGAGAGAUCCUGAGCUUUUCAUAUUCUACUGUUUUAUUUUUGCAUUACUGUUUGGAUGAGUAAAAUGUAAUAACAUGCUUCUCUCUCUUAGUCCCCUAAAAGAGUGUGAGUGUGUGUGUGUGUGUGUGUGUGUCAGUUUGGGGAGAGUAGAAUUGGGCUGUUAAGUACAAGUUGUUUCUCCCUGUAAUUCUCUGCCUUUUG